UCCUCCUAUCUGUAUCUAUAUUUACUCUCAUUCUCACUGAAAUACAUACAUCAUAAAUUAAUAUAAAGUAAAAGAUGCCGUUGGUAAGAGUGGAAGUGAGAAAUGAGUACGGUUUAGGAAUGCCGGAGCUCUACACAGAAACCAAUAGAGAAGAUCCAAAGGCGCUUCUCGACGGUGUCGCCGUCGCUGGCCUCGUCGGUCUCCUCCGUCAAUUAGGCGAUCUCGCCGAAUUUGCAGCAGAAAUUUUUCAUGGAUUACAAGAACAAGUGCUAAUUACAUCUUCUAGAAGCCAUAAAUUGGUAGAACGAGUCCACAACAUUGAAGCUGCACUCCCUCCUUUAGAGAAGGCGAUUUUGGCACAAAGAAGUCACCUGCAUUUUGCUUACACAGCUGGUUCUCACUGGCAUAAUCGACUCAGAACCGAACAAAACCAUUUUAUAUACAGUGACUUACCACGAUGCAUUAUGGAUUCGUAUGAAGAAUGUCGGGAUCCGCCACGUCUACAUAAGCUAGACAAAUUUGACAUCGGGGGCCCAGGAGCCUGCUUCAGAAAAUAUUCUGAUCCAACUUAUUUUAAAAGAACUUCAGCUGGGCCUUAUGAAGCUCAUCUUCAAAGUGUCCCGAGAGAAAAGAAGGCCCGUAGAAAUAAGAAAAAGAGAUCUUCAUCAAGGUAUCGAGAUGUGACACGUGGUGCUCCAGCAUUUCUGAAUGCUGAAAAAACAGAUUUUGGCUCUUCACACUUUGAAGAGAAAGCUUCCCCUUCUCAAGAUGUUUCCACAUUCCAUGUUCCUCAAGAAUCUGGAAUUGAACGUGAAACCGAUCAUCUGACUUCAUUAGACUCAAGAAAUGGGUCAGGUUACAUAGAGUGUAUAUUCCGUCCAAGCUAUUCAACACAAUCAGAGGACUACAAUGUUAAGGAACCUUCUUCUGACUCAAAUGCACAGCAUAAUUCUUCUCUUGAUUUGGAUGAAAAUAUCCAAAAUAGUUAUUUAGCAGAACAUAGCAUGUCAAAGCCACCUUGCAUUACCUGGGACGAAAAGCUAGAAAUCAUAGAUUCUACAGGCCGCCCUGCUGACACUACAGAGAUACCUUGUGUAGCCGAGAAGAUAGAUCCUGAGGAGAAAGAAGAUACAAGUUCCAGAGUUGUCGAGCGUGUAGAUUUUGACUUUCAUGAUGAACAACCACCACCUCUUCCUACACCAGUCAUUGUUGGGGGCCAGCAUGAUGAGAUUGAAAGUGAAACAGAUUAUUACAUGGAUGCACUCAAUACUAUCGAAUCAGAGUCUGAAACUGAUCCGGAUUGUCACACAAAGAGAGAAUUGAAACAAGAGAACAAUGUGAACAACGAUCUGGAAGGGAUUAAUAAAGAAGAUCAUCUAGAUGACACUUCAACAAAUUUUGAGUUUCAUGUUCCCGAGCGUGUCGAGCAUGCAACUUCACCUCAGGUGACUGACUUAUCUUCAAUUUCGUUAAAUACCCCUGACAAAUUCAGUUCUAUUGAGCCAGAAACUUCACCUCAGGUGAUUGAAACACUUUCAAUCUCCUUAAAUACCCCUGACCAACUCAGAUCAAUUGAGCAGGAAACCUCAACAAAGGUGGCUGACAUACCUUCAACUUUCUCAAAUACCCCUGAAGAAUCUAGAUCUGAAGAUGCUGAAAGACAUGUGACAAAUGUGUGUAGCUCUAGAGAACCGGAUUCACAGCCUCUUCUGAGGGAACAGACUUUAAUCUCUCAUGAGUCUCCCAAAACAUCUUGGUCGACUUCUGGUGGUCAAGCUACAGUCAGUAAUCCAGUCAUGUUCUGGACAAAUGGUGGCUUAUUGGGACUAGAACCUUCCAAACCUCCAGAUUUUGGUUUACCAACUGCAGUAGGCAUGGUAAAAACUAAAUCUGAAAACUCUAUAAGUAAUGGGGGACAUGUUACAAGAGAAGAUGUGGUGUUCAACAGUUCCAAAUCUGAAUAUUCUGGCAAUCCUUCCAAUACAACGACAUCUGGAAUCGACGAGUCAGCUCUUGAAAAUGAUCCUAUUAAUUCGUCUCGGAUAUUUGAAUUUAGCAAUAGAUUACUAGUCAAUGGUUUCAGAAAACAAAUAUCACUUGUCGGGAAUGAAAGGCUUGCCAACUCUGUAAAAAGUGAUAUUCCUGAGAAUGCGAACAUGCAAAAAGAAUCUAAAACUGUUACUGGGAUACCUUUUAAAGAACAAUUUGGAAUUGGAAAUGGAACACCGCUCAUCGCCCCUUCCUCUCCCCCUCUUGAACAUAUGAGAAUAUCUUUCCAGCCUAUUGAUGGGUUUGAACCUUAUAAACUUAAAUUGAUGUUUCCUGAUGGGAACGAUCACAACGAAAGCAGCAGACACAUGUUUCCUUCAUUCCAGUUGAUUCCAGAACCUGUUACCUCAUUACAUGAGUCUGCUUCAGACUCUGAUGAUGAUACAUUCUGUAGAUCUUCUCCAUAUGCGUCAGAUGACAUGCAUAGUAAUCCUUCCGAAUCAAAUUCUGAGCAGUGGGAUUCCAGUGAUUCUCCCAGAAUCAAGGAUCAUGAAUUAGAUGAUGCUUUUGGCAGGAUCUCAUCUGCAGAAUCUGUUUCAAGCUCUUUUGUGAAUGGAAUUAGAUUCCAGCAAGAAUUUCCUGAUCAUGGAAAUUACGAUGGCAUGCAACCAUCACAUCAUGGUAUUUUAUUCGAUAUUCCAAACUUUGAUUCUAUGAAUGGUUCUCACAAACAAAUAACUGACGACUUUAAGGAGCCCACACCACCUCAUCCCCCUCUACCCCCAAUGGAAUGGCGGGGUAUUAAGCCACAUCCAUCUGCAACUAUGGAGAAAGAAGAUGCUCUCUCAGAGGCCUUGACUUAUGCGUUGAAUCUGACUCCUCCAGAGCCUACAGUUCCUCAGCAACCUAAGCCGGCUCCAACAAAGCAGGAUCCUUUUGUUGACAAAAACGAUUUUAUGGUUAAUCGCAAGCAGCCAAACUGGCAGAAUUUGCAUGUUCAGAAUGGAUCAAAUCAUACCUUCAAUGGGAAAGUAGGCGAACAAAAGGAAGACUUUCUACAGCAGAUUAGAACAAAAUCGCUCAAUCUAAGACGUACUUCCACGGCCCGGGCAACUACGACACCAACUGGCCCGAACAGCGUUAAAGUCACUGCAAUUCUCGAGAAGGCAAGCGCAAUCCGUCAGGUUGUGGGAAGUGAUGAUGGAGAAGAUGAUACCUGGAGUGACACUUGAGUUUCACUCCAACUUUAGAUGAUCUUUGCAGUUCUACAGUUAUCUAUAUGUUCAUACCCCAGUCCUUUCCUUCUUGUAAUUACUAGUUUAUAAUUCUGUUUUUUAAUUUCUAUUUUUUUGUUCAUGAAAUCGUCACAUUGAUAGCCAUAAAACUGAUUAAUGUUGUAUCAUAUUUGAACCGUAGAAGCAGUUUAAUUUUAAGAUAAACUAUUCUCUUGCCA